GCAUUGGAGAAACCUCAUCCAGCCCCGCCGAAAUGGAAAGAACAGUAUGAUUUGAUCAAAAGGAUGAGGGAGGGUAUCGUAGCUCCAGUGGACGAGAUGCCAUGCGAAAGAACAUCUAUUAACGGUGCAGCUGAUCCUAAAACACUCCGUUUCCACAUCCUCAUCUCCCUCAUGCUAUCCUCACAGACAAAAGAUCCCGUCACCGCCCAAGCAGUGUCAAACCUUCACUCUACCCUUCCUGGCGGACUCACUCCCGCUGCCCUCGACAGUGCAUCCCCAGAUACGGUAUCCCAGUGUAUCAACAAAGUGGGUUUUUGGCGUCGAAAAACAGAGUAUAUUCAAGCCGCAGCCAAGAGGUUGAUGGAGUUCCCUGGGGAUGAAAAAGGGGAUGUGCCAAAGACGUUGGAAGGGUUGUGCGAGUUGAAAGGUGUCGGACCGAAGAUGGCUUUUUUGUGUUUGCAGGCUGCGUGGGACAUAAACGCUGGAAUAGGCGUCGACGUCCACGUACACAGAAUCACAAACCGUCUUCGAUGGCAUAAACCUCAAACCACCACACCCGAGCAAACGAGGUUGAACCUUCAAUCAUGGCUACCCAUGGAAUAUCAUCGUCCAAUCAAUCCGAUGCUUGUCGGUUUUGGUCAAAUCAUUUGUCUGCCCGUUGGACCCCGAUGCGACAUCUGUCUUCUCGCUAAAGAGAAACUCUGUCCCUCU